AUGAGCCUCCGUCUGCCCCUCCGGCGAGGAGGCAAGUUCGCCACCAUCAUCAGCGCCUACGCUCCGCCGAUGACCAGCCCCGACGCCGUCAAAGACAAAUUCUACGAGGACCUGCACGCCCGCUUGGCGACUGUGUCGAAGGCGGACAAGUUGAUUGUCCUUGGUGACUUCAACGCCCGCGUCGACACAGACCAUACUGCCUGGAGGGGAGUGCUGGGUCCCCACGGUCUCCGCGGCUCCAACGACAACGGCCUGCUUCUCCUCCGCACCUGCGCAGAACACCGCCUCACCCUGACGAAUACCUUCUUCUGUCUGCCGGAGCGAGAGAAGGCCACCUGGAGGCAUCCUCGGUCGCGUCAGUGGCACCUGCUGGACUAUGUCCUCGUCCGGAGGCGAGAUCAGCGGGACGUGCUGGUGACGAAAGCGAUCGCGGGUGCUGACGGGUGGACCGACCAUCGCCUCGUCAUCUCGAAGAUGCGUGUUCGCCUACAGCCUCGCAGGAGACCACAAGGUAAGCGACCCCCAGGUAAGCUGAAUGUUGCUUUGUUGUCUUUGCCUGCUCACCGUCUCCAUUUCAGCAAUGAGCUAGCUCAACGGCUAGACAACCUUCCUAUCGCUGCCGCCGCCAACGACGCCGCCGCCGCCGCCGAGAACGCCUCCGUGGAGAACCGCUGGUGUCAACUGCGAGACACGGUCCAGUCGACGGCGCUCGCCGUCCUCGGUCGCGCUCCCCGCCAACACCAGGACUGGUUCGACGACAACGACGCUGCCAUCAGAAAUCUGCUUGCUGAGAAGAACCGCCUACACAAAGCCUACGUAGAUCACCCCACUGAGGACAACAAAGCUGCCUUCUACCGCAGUCGCCGACAGCUCCAGCAACGACUGCGCGAGAUGCAGGACGCCUGGACUGCUCGCAAAGCUGAGGAGAUCCAAGGCUACGCGGACCGCAACGAAUGGAAGAACUUCUUCUCCGCGAUCAAAGCUGUCUACGGUCCGCCGACGAAGGGCACUGCUCCUCUCCUCAGCGCCGACGGCAGUACUCUUUUGACUGAGAAGACGCAAAUCCUGCAGCGAUGGGCCGAGCACUUCCGAGGCGUCCUCAACCGCCCUUCCGUCAUCUCCGACGCCGCCAUCGCCCGCUUGCCGCAAGUGGCGACCAACGCGGACCUCGACCUCCCGCCAUCUCUCCCCGAAACGAUCAGGGCCGUGCAGCAGCUCUCUAGCGGGAAAGCACCCGGAUCGGACGCCAUCCCUGCUGAGGUCUACAAGCACGGAGGUCCCCUACUGAUGGAUCACCUGACUGCGCUCUUCCAGGAGAUGUGGCGUCAAGGUGAAGUCCCGCAAGAUUUCAAAGACGCAACUAUCGUGCACCUCUAUAGGCGAAAAGGGAAUCGCCAAGUCUGCGACAACCACCGCGGCAUCUCCCUACUGAACAUCGCCGGGAAGAUCUUCGUUCGCAUCCUGCUCAACCGCCUCAACAACCAUCUGGAACAGGGCCUUUUGCCGGAAAGCCAAUGCGGCUUCCGUCGUCAUCGUGGGACCACGGAUAUGAUUUUCGCCGCCCGUCAACUUCAAGAGAAGUGUCAGGAGAUGCGGAUCCACCUGUACUCUACCUUCGUGGACCUGACGAAAGCCUUCGACACGGUGAAUCGUGAAGGACUGUGGAAGCUCAUGCAGAAAUUCGGCUGUCCGCAGCGAUUCACUCAGAUGGUGCGUCAGCUGCACGACGGUAUGAUGGCGCGAGUCACGGACAACGGAGCUGUCUCAGAGGCAUUCGCAGUGACCAACGGAGUGAAACAGGGCUGUGUGCUGGCGCCUACCCUCUUCAGUCUCAUGUUCUCUGCCAUGCUGAUGGACGCCUACCGCGACGAACGCCCUGGAAUCCGCAUCGCCUAUAGAACGGACGGUCAUCUCCUGAAUCACCGGCGCAUGAACUUCCAAUCGCGUGUAUCCACAGCCACCGUGCACGAACUCCUCUUCGCCGACGACUGCGCCCUGAACACCACCUCAGAAGUGGAGAUGCAACGGAGCAUGGACCUAUUCUCCGCCGCCUGCGAGAACUUUGGGCUGGUUAUCAACACGCAGAUGACGGUGGUGAUGCAUCAGCCGCCUCCCAGCUCAGCCACAGCCCCCAACGCGCCGCAAAUCAACGUGAAUGGGACUCAACUGCAAGUGGUAGAGAACUUCCCGUACCUGGGCAGCACGCUCUCCCGCAACACCAAGAUCGACGACGAAGUCGCCAACAGGAUCUCGAAAGCCAGUCAAGCCUUCGGACGUCUCCAAUGCACAGUUUGGAAUCGUCAUGGUCUCCAACUGAGCACAAAGCUGAAGAUGUACAAGGCCGUCAUCCUGCCGGCGCUACUGUACGGAGCGGAGACCUGGAUGGUGUACACGAGGCAGGCACGUCGACUAAACCACUUCCACCUCAGCUGUCUCUGCCGCAUCCUGAGGCUGAACUGGCAGGACCGCAUCCCCGACACCGAAGUGCUGGAACGGACGGGAAUUCUGAGCAUCUACUCCAUUUUUAGACAAAUGCAGCUACGCUGGAGCGGCCACCUGGUGCGCAUGGACGACGAGCGACUACCCAAACGACUCUUCUACGGAGACGUCGCGACGGGUUCUCGUCGUCAAGGAGGCCAAAUUCGCCGUUACAAGGAUACUCUGAAGUCCUCCCUGAAGCGCCUGCACAUCAACCCGACCAACUGGGAAGAGCUCGCCCGCGAUCGUCCGACAUGGAGGAGAACAGUGAAGACGGGCGCUGCUAUCUACGAAGCCAACCGCAUCGCCGCCGCCAAAGCGAAACGCGAAGCCCGCAAAUCACAACUUCGCCCAAUAAGCAACGCCGCCGCACAACCGCUCCCUACGUGUCCUCGAUGUCAACGGACAUUCCGGGCACGAAUCGGACUUGUUGGACAUCUUCGAACCAACUGCACCUCUCGAACUGCUCCAGCCAUCGUCCCCCAGCCCGCCUCUUCCUCGUCCUCUCUUCCGCCAACUAACUCUGACACUCCUUCCGCACCACCAAUUCCAUCCUCCUCCUCGCCGUCCUCCUCCCCCUCCAUUGCCCCAGCGGCGGCCGUUCAGACUGCUGUCUCACACAUCACCAACCCCAACACAACAACCGACAUCACCUCUCCCACCUCUCCCGAUACCACUGAUGAGGAUCAGGACUACACCUGCCCUCACUGUGACCGCACCUUCACCUCACACAUCGGCCUGGUCGGUCACUUGCGAAUACAUCGCACAGAGACUGGCGAACCAGUGCCUGGAGCACCAACCUACACCCACCGCACUCGCCUCCACUGCCCACAAUGCCCUCGCACCUUCACUCAUCGCAUGGGUCUAUUCGGCCACAUGCGCAUCCACGAGAGCGGCAUUGACCGCAGCCUCGACACACCCACCCCGCCGAGCCCCACUCCCAAUCCACCACCUUGUGCACCCACUAACCACUCCCCAGCCGACAUCGAUGCCACCGAUUUUACCACCCCUCACUCCUCCCCUUCCUCCUCCUCUUCCUCCACCACUGCCACAACGACGGCCGCUUCGGCGUCUGUCGCCCACGACUUCACCACAGCCGAACCUGACACAACAACAGGCACAAGCCCUGCAACCUCCAUCAUCAGACGUGAGGGCCAGCACUACAUCUGCCCUCACUGCGAUCGCACCUCCACUUCACGCAUCGGCCUGGUCGGUCACUUGCGAAUCCAUCGCACAGAGACUGGCGAACCAGUGCCUGGAGCACCAACCUACACCCACCGCACUCGCCUCCACUGCCCACAAUGCCCUCGCACCUUCACUCAUCGCAUGGGUCUAUUCGGCCACAUGCACAUCCACGAGAGCGGAAUUGACCACAAUUCCGAUACAGCCACGACAUCCAACACAUCCACCAUGCCCAGACCCAACCUCGCUCCACCGUCACACGCGCCGACCACCACCACCACCACUGCUUCCUCUACAGCUGACACCGACAGCGCCGACCUCUAA